UUCCAUAAUAACGCCCCAGUCAGAUGUUUUUGUUAUUUCGCUUCCGCCUUCAGUGUUCUCGCCGUGUCAUGUAGAUGUCAAAAACACAAAGUAACUGACAGGCUUUGGGGUUGAAAUCUCUACCGAGCGUCUAAGGAUUUCCCUCGCCACAGCGCACACACACACAUUCUUCUUGAGGGUGUUUUCGAAAAGGAUCCGUUGUUAGCGAUGGCGGACGGGGAACGGUCGCCGCUACUGUCCGAGCAGUACGACGGGACCAACGGCAGCUUACAUGGAUAUCCGUCAAAACCACAGAGUUUUGCGCCGUUCCCCAGCUCGGUGUCAGCAGGUGAGCCUCCGCCCCCCUACUCGCCGCAGGGCAGCCCGGACAGCAGCAGCGCUCCGGUCAUCAGCUGCCGCGUCUGUCAGAGCGCCAUAUCAGUGGAGGGCAAGGCGCACCAGCAUGUGGUGAAGUGCAGCAUCUGCAACGAAGCUACGCCAAUAAAGAACGCUCCUGUCGGAAAGAAGUACGUCCGCUGUCCAUGUAACUGUCUCCUGAUCUGCAAAGUCACGUCGCAGAGGAUCGCCUGUCCGAGACCGUACUGUAAACGUGUCAUCAACCUGGGACCAGUUCACAUCGGCAGGGAGAGUCCUGAACCGCAGCGUCAGCCCGUUGGCAUCCGGAUCAUCUGUGGACACUGCUCUAAUACAUUCCUGUGGACAGAGUUUUCAGACCGGACCUUGGCCCGAUGUCCGCACUGCCGAAAAGUCUCUUCUAUUGGUCGGCGGUACCCCAGGAAGAGGAGCCUACUGUGCUUCAUGCUGUUCGUUGUCCUCGUCGCCUCCACUGCAGGACUUGUGGUUGGUACAUGGGAGAGCGCCCAGGACUCUAAAGGGAUCUACGUGUCGUGGGUGCUGCUGAUCGUGCUCGCUCUGUUCACAAUGGCAAGAACCAUCUACUGGAGGUGUCUGAAAAUCAGCGACCCCAUAUCCAACAUCGCGUAGAGAGAGAGAGAGAGAGAGAGAGAGAGAGAGAGAGAGAGAGAGAGAGAAUAAAGGGAAGAAUGGAAAGAGUAAAGCAGGGGAGUCUCAUUUCAAAAAUCACAGAGGAAAAGAGAGGAAGGAAACAAAACAUAAACAGUUGAGACAAUUGAAAAAAAUCCAACUCCACGUUCAUGCCGGAUUGGAUUUACCACAAAGAUGAGCUGUCAAUUGUCCAAAAAAAAAAUGUCAGUACGGAAUGAAGAUUUUUCUAUUCACCAUCACAAAUUGGGGAUGGUUGGAGACAAAAAGAGGGUAGUUCCCGAUAAAGAUGACAUGAAAGAAAUGUGUUUAAAUGAUUUGGUUUUGGCCCAGUAGUGUUCUUCUAUGUCCAGAAAAAUUGGAUUCAGGUAAAUGUAAUUAUCAGUGGAGCUCUGAUUCGUAUGGACAGAUUGAGGGAGGGAGGCAGUGAAGGAGGUGUUUUAGUUAACUUAUAUAACCAUACCAAAUGGUGGGGGAAAUCAAUAAUUGAUCCUAAUCAAGCUAAGCACAUUGGAGUAAAGGAAUAAGAUGUGUGUAUUUUUGUCAUCCUUUUGCUAUUCUCUCUACUAGAAAAGAACUAGAACAUUAAAUAAAUGACACUCCCCUUUUUAGUGGAAUAUUUUGAUGUUUUGGGGAACACAUAUUUGCUUUCUUGACGACCAUUAGAUUGAGAAAGAUCAGAGAAGGUAGAUAGCACUCUCACAUCGGUACGGAUAGCUUAGCAUAAAAACUGGAGACGGCAAACUAAUUAAAAGAAUAGAUCUCAUUUGUACACUGAAGUGUAAAAAGACUUUUACGUGGUGUUUUGUGUGGGACUAUUUCUUGCCCAAGAGUUUUUUUUUAAAACUUUUUUAUAAAAAGCUAGGCUAGCAGUUUCCAGUCUUUAUGCUAAGCUACGCCAACCAGCUGCUGGCUGUACAUUCGUAUUUAAUACACAGACAUGAGACAUAUCGUUAUUCUCAUCUUACUCUUGGCAAAAGAGUAUUUUACAAAUACAAAUAAGUGUAUUUUACAAAACGUUGAAAUAUUCUUUUCAUCUCUAAAGUUACAGUGCACAUAUAAUUUAACUACAAUUCAUCCAAGGAACCACGUUUGCAUUUUGUUUUGGGGCAUUGAUAACAACAAGAUAACAUGCAUAACACGAUGAGGGAAAUGUAAUUAAUAGAGGAUGUAUAUGAGGAAAUGUAUAAAUCAAUAAGCAGGCAUUAAAUCAGAGUAAGUUCAUUCAUUUUCUUUUAAGUUUUUCCAAGUCAUUCUAGUAAGCAUGUCAGCGUUCAGAUCAUCUCACACAGGGAUUUUUGGGCAUUUGAUUAAAUUCACUAAGGUUUUGUCUUCGUUUAAAGAUGAUUCAUAUCAAAGAAACGUACACGAUGAUAACGUGUCCUGAGCAGAUUCUCUAAACUGGACUGGUAAUGAGUGCAAAUAUCACAACAUGUAAGAUUUCAGAAGUAAACUUGUCAUAUUCUGCUGAAAAGCUUUUUUUUUUUUAACUAAAGCUACAAAAGUGCAGUUUUACCUGUUUGAGUCACUGAUAGAAAUCAUUGAAGCACAGACAGGGAAUGAUUUCUUUAUUGAUCUUCUCUCUUUAAUUCACAUCUGUGUGGAAGCCCUGAGAGGCAAGUGAGAAAAAUUCUGGAUCUGGUGAUCCAUUUUCUAAGUCUGAAGUCUAAAUAGUUUUCUCUCCUGUGUUCAUGACCUACAACCCGGCAAAA